AUACAUAUGGUACUCCGAUCAAUCUAUUAUUUACUUAGUUGAACAAUUUAUUUACACAUUUCAAUGAGUAGUCUAAUGUUUAUUAUGUUUCUAUUUAAGGUAUAUGUAUGACACAUUGAUGCGAGGAACUGAAUUGUGUAACCGAUUUAAUUUUAUUGCUGCUUCCCGUAUCAACACAACGUUUAUAACGAAAAAUCCAACAUCCGUAAUGAAUGAACUAGUCGAUAGAUUCAUGGUGGCCGGCGAUAAUACUACACCCAGUUUGUAUUUUUUACCGUUUAAUUCUGGCAACGGUGGUCACUGGGUGUUGGUUGCUAUGGAUCUUUCGAGACUAAUGGUGUAUUAUCUCGAUUCGUUACCGGGUAAUUGGAGUAAAUAUCCGAGUAUGAAGAAGACGGUUGACGCGGCAAUACUAAAAUUUAGAUCGAAAAAGAAUUAUCGUAAUAGGAAGGACAUUACCUGGGUCAGAGGAUUGCAAAGCAUAUAUACAACAUAA